CGAAGAGGAUCGAGCGUCGUGGGCCGCGCGCCGCUGUCGGCAUCCACGCACGACUCGCUCCGCCGAGACCGAGUUAACUUCAACGGUAUGCUGUAGCAGUUCUUUCUGUGUAUCAUCCAAGUUUCACCGAGGGACGUUACUUCGUAGUGACACAUCAUGCCAGAGUUACUUUCGUCAAGCUUCUAUCGCUUGGUGUCCUGAGUUGUUAUGCGAUGUUCGGAAGCCGGCGCCCACUGGCGUGCUGGAGCAACCUAAGGCUGUGAUGCGGAGCGGACGCCAUGCGGACGACCGUGCUGUCUCCCUACUCGGCGCUGCGAGGCCGCGUCUGCAGUAGGCUGCACGCCAGGAGUGCCGCCAUCGCCAGCGCAGUCUACACGCUGAACAUCUCCAUCCUGGUGGUGCUGCUCUAUAGUUGGAGGAUCGGAGCAAACGCCAACCGACACGCCGCUCUUCAGGACGUCUACUACGGCGUGCAGAUCGCGUACCUGACCAUAAUAGGCACGCAGCUCUUCAUGAUCGCUCUCAGCGUACUGCUCCUCGCCGCCAUCUUCAAGGAGAACGCGGGCCUGGUGGUGCCGUGGAUCACCGGCUUCAUCACCUUCAUGGCGCUAGAGGCCAUGGCCAUGGUCUACUCGAACGUCCUCAGGGACCACGUGAACAAGCAGUUUGACGCCCUAUGUAAAAUGGAAGUCGCCUUCUUCACUUCAAGAGCCGCGAUAAAUUGCCUGGCGAUAUACGGCGUCAUCCGCUUCUACAACCUGCUGCGCGCCGGCGCCUCGUGGAAGUCACCGGAGUGCGUGGAGCUCUGAUACCAAGCGCCGCCCUGGGAAGACGACGACCGUCUGUUGGGCGACUCGGUCUGACCAGCGGCGGCGGUCCCAGGGGCGAGUUCCGGACACUCGCCGCAGCGCCGCGCUCUGGCGGGGCGCCAGCCGGCUGCCGGCGGUCCGCACCGCACCGGCCUCUCACGGGAGUGCUUAAAGCUGCGAGGCGCCCUGGAAGGACUCCAGAUUGCUGCCGAAUGAGUUCGGCACCCCAGGCGUCCUCGGGGAGACCUCAUCUGGACCUUCUAUGCCGAGCACCAUACUGCAUGUUGUGCGUACUGCAGCUGGGUGGGUUCAUCAGUGUGUGGACCUCGGUGAACAGUAAGCUUCGUCACUCCUGCUGGCGAGGAGUAAUUUGUGUAAGAUACUGGCAGGGUCCACAGAGGUGUCCGAAAAAAUUUCUGAAUAUUUCCCACAUACCCUCAGAAACUGAACUGGGCGGAUGGCCUGAUGUAUGUAGUGGCUGAUGCGGGCAUAGCCACUCCCAAUAGACAAAUGUCACUCCUCACAGUACAUACGUGGAAUCCUGUGAGAAACUGUACUUUUUUUUAAAACUGGACUUAUCCUGUAAGGUGUGAGAUGAAAUGCGCUGUAUUCAGCGUGUGACAUUGUUUUUCACGUACCAAGUAGCACAUGUGAUUGGCAGCGGGACUCUCAUUCGUCAGAAGUACGUCGUUUCACCUUCAUCUUUCAUUCUUUGUAGCCUGUUGUGAUUAACUGUGCCUCCCACCGCACUAUACUAUAUCACAAAACUUAACAUAAAAUAUAAAUUUGUUACAUAGCAGUGAUCUGUCCGAAGUCGUUGGCUGCAACAUGCUUAUUCAUAUUCUCAAGAGUGUUGUCAGAAGAGUCCUUCUCACUAGAGUUGGCGUUGUAGAGCAUCGACUACUAUUCUCUGUUCCUUUUUCGUGCCCCCCCGUGGCUAGCUAGGAAAUAUGAGCCAAAUUAAGUCCCGUCUCAUUUUCACUAUUUCUGUAAUAUUCUUCUUUGUACUGCGUAUUUUUGCCUCUCUCUUCAGAGAUAAUUUUAUUAUUUUAACUACCUCCACUGCCAUACUUCAUCAGAGACGUUGUAACGUUAACAAUGUAGUUAUUCCUUUCGAUACUUGAGUCACCAUUAUCAAUGCCAUCACGUUGGACUACCCACUGCCAAAAAGACAUCUAUAGGUCAUUUUUAUAAAAAUAUUUCUCGACAACGUCGAAAGUUUGUUUUAGCUUCCUUCUGAAACAGACGAUUAGCUACUCCUUCACCUCUAUCUCACACCUAUAUUCAUCCUCUAAAAUACAGAGGCUGUAUUAAAAUGUACUUGAACAAACACUGUUUGCGGAUUCCUCCCACUAAGAAAGGGAAGUCGUUUCGUGUGAACGUAUAUCCGACAAGGUUAAAUUUUUAGGUAUCGAGUACAUCAGAAAUAGCCCGAAGAAAACUACGGAAAUAAAACUGGUAGUAAUUACAAUGCUACUGAACGUACUUAUUACGCAUUACAGUCUUUACUGUGUUUAGUAAUGGGCAGGGAAUGAUAAAGGAGUCGAUUGUAGACUUUCAGUGGGAAAAAUUUCACCAUUCGUCUGAUAUGAUUAUGGAAGAUCGUGGUAAACCCAAAUCAGGACAGCUGGAUCAAGUGAUGCCUACAUCAUCUCUACAGCAAUAGUUGGCCCCAUCAUUUUCACUAGAGAUUAGUGUGUCAGUAAUCAUAAUACAUUCGAAGUGACCUAAAAUAACCGUAUCUCGAAUGUAGUUUUAUUUUUAGAUUUAUUUCAAUCAAUUGAAAUAACCAUAAACUAUAUAAUGACAUAUAUGGAGGAUAGUACAAGUUUGUCAACAGAAAAGAAUUAAGUUUGGGAUUAAAAACCUAUUUUUGUGGCUGAUACUAUUCAGAAAUUCUACAGAUAUAUGUUGCAGUUUGCUACCGACGCUUCUCAAACCUACUUCAGAAUGUUCGCACUUAGUUGUGCUUAAAAAUAUUACCUCGUACUCUCGUGUUCACAGUAAACAACAGCACAUUUUUUGGUUGCAAUUUUUACCUCAGUGGAAUUCUGUACAGUAUAACGAACACACAAAAUCUCAUAUAAAAAGAUGGAAAUGACUUCUUUUAGUUCUAUGGAUACUGGAAGAAAUUCAUUAUUAUAACCUUUCAAAGAAACCUCCCAUAGAAAUGUUUCUUUCAUGGGCUGCCAUAGCACUUUGAUAAGGAUUACGAAAUGUCUGCCAUGUAAAUCAGUUCUUUCAAGUGUUCUCGCAGAUAAAGUGCAGAACACUGAGAGCAGGUAAACAUGUAAGCUAAGGAAAUGUUUCUCCCUAACCACUCAGUCUGUUUUGCUUCAUAUUCAUCACUAUAUCUCAAACGAUAUGACAAAAUUGUUUUGAAUUCGGAUCAUCCAUAAGACAGAUAAAUUUUAUUGUUUCUCUGAUCACAUACUCCUACUAAAGUUUAUUCCAGUGGCACCAGCUUAAGGGUCGAAACAUAAGUAUCAUAUUGGAGACCAUCUAAGCACAACUGCACAGGCAUGACUAAAGUGAACAGUCGACCAUGCCAUUAACCUUUAUCUAGAAUACAAUAAGAUCUCAUUGAGCUGAUUUUUGUCAAUAACAAUACAUAAGAAGUUAUACCAGUAAUAAGAAGAACGAAGCAUUUACACGUUCUUGCUUGAGUUUUUCCUAGUGUUUUGAAGUCAGUAAUCGAACCCUAAGCUUUGUCCAAGUAUUUUUCUCCAUUCCAUGUAGUCAGUGCUCUAGAGAUUUCUUAUUAUACCUCUUUCGAAUCUCAUUUCAUUUGUAGUGAUGAAUUACAAAUAUAUUUAGCAUUAACUGCUUCUUGUGAAACCAAUGUAAACGCUCCGCAUCAGUCAACAAUUAAAAAAAUUACUUCAGUGAUACAUAAUUAACUCUGGAAAGGAGCUGAUGCACAGAAUAUCUUUAUAUUUUGUUUCUAGAAUUAUUAUUUUUUGCCCACAGAUAAUAUAUAACGGGCCAGUUAACUUCGAAUCAUCUCUUUAUUAUAAUGAUUCACAGAGACCUAACAUAUUUUUGAUAUUUAUUUUAAAAAUUGUUAUUAAGUUAUUGAUUGCAACUAGAGUCUCGCUGCCACUAAGUGCUGCUGUGACUAGGUAUCAUCAACUUAAUGUGUAUUAUGAUUGUAUCUAGUGUUUCCGACUACGACACAUGCAUACUUACACGUCGGAGAAGACAAUGCCACAGUAUGAAAUCUAUCAAUCCAUUCAAUCUCUUAAGGAGAAGUCAUUUUUACAACGUCUUCCCAAGAGAAGGAAAACAAUACAGAAUAAAUAGAAUGAUGAUAAUUUCUAAUGUGUAAGUAGUUAGAGAGCAACUGCCUAUAUAUUUUCUACCACAUAUCUUUUGUUAAAAAAGGAAUAUAAUGUUACUUUUAAAACACGUUUUAUUUAAGAGGUGCCGUUACUAAUUUUCCCCAGCCGCCUAGGUGUCAUCUCUGGCUGCAGAAAUUAAGUGCUUCCGUUAUUUCUAGUUUACAAGAACCACGGAAUUGAAGACCAGUUAUAUUUCAGAAAAGGUUUUUAAUGAUUUGUUGUACAUAGCAUGCAAGUGAUGAUUGUUAAUACGAUAAUAAACAGAUAUUAUAUAGUAAAUUCCAGGUAUGCGUUGCCUUGAAAGCAUAUUUUCGUCGUAGAUAACCACAUGUGUACAAAUAAUAAGAAUCUAUAAAUAUAUUUCGUACAUUAUUUUUAAAACAUUCAAAUGUAAGCCAAGACUGGACAUUGUAUAAUAUGUACCAAAGCUUAAUGUCUGUAGAACUACCAACAUACAGUUUAGAUAGAGUGUUCCCAAAUACAAUGAAUCUUAGUGUCACAGCGUGCUGAUAAUUUAGUUAAAGACAACAAAGAAGAAAUGUAAUGUUUCUUGUGUCAUGGAAAAAUGAAAUCACUUUUAAUCAAAAAUGCCUUUUUUGUAGGUGAAAUGUUGUUUACAUCUACAAUAAAAAAGUUUUCAAUAUAAUAUUAGAAUCUCAUAGUGGAGAAUAGGAUAUUUUAUCUCUGUGACCAGAGAUUCUAAAUAUUUGGGACCUAACAUAUCUAGCGAGAGAUGUAAUUCGUGAGAUAUUGUUGUUUACAUUUAUAUGUCUGUAUUAGUGCCUGUACUUGCUUAGACACGAAAGGGUUAAAGAUUCGCAGUGUAUUUUACACAGAGUUAAAAGUCGCAAGAUGAAUAUUGUAAUAAAAGUUAUUAA